AUGGAUGUCUCCAACCAAACUGCCAUCACAGAGUUCAUCCUCAUAGGGCUCUCUAACCUCCCAGAGGUGCGCUACCCUCUCUUCGGGGCCUUUGCUGUCAUCUAUCAGGUCACCUUGGUGGGAAAUGGGGCCAUUCUCCUUGCUAUUGGGACUGAGCAAAAGCUGCACACACCCAUGUAUUAUUUUUUGGCAAAUCUAUCCCUCUUAGAUAUUUUCUGCCCAUCAGCUACUGUUCCCAAGAUGCUCGAGAACCUUUUGACCGAGAAUCAAAGCAUUUCUUUUGCUGGGUGUGCUUUGCAGCUUUAUUUCCUGGUGGCCCUGGUAGGCACUGAAGUGUUCCUUCUUGCUGUCAUGGCUUAUGACCGGUACAUGGCCAUAUGUUUCCCCCUUCCUUACACCCUUAUCAUGACAAAGGGGCGCUGUAUUCAGCUCACAGUCAGUACCUGGGCAGCAGGGUUUCUCAAUUCUCUUCUACACACAGUGUUCACGUUCCAUCUUUCUUUCUGUAAAUCCAAUCUGGUCAACCAGUAUUAUUGUGACAUCCCUCCAGUGAUGGCCCUCUCCUGUUCUUCCACGUAUGUGGCAGAAAUGCUUGUCUUAGUGGUAGGAGGUGUCUUGGGCAUCAGUGCUUUCCUGAUCACUGGUAUCUCUUAUAAUUACAUCAUAUCCGCCAUCCUGAAGAUCCGCUCAGCUGAAGGGAAGCGCAAAGCCUUUUCCACAUGUGCUUCUCACCUCCUUGUGGUUUGUUUGUUCUAUGGCACAACGAUAUUUACCUACAUCCGCCCUUCCUCCAGUCACCACUCCCCAGCCAGAGACAGGCUCAUCUCAAUGCUGUAUGGGGUUGUUACCCCAAUGUUAAACCCCAUCAUCUACAGCCUGAGGAACAAGGAGGUAAAAGGUGCACUCAGAAAGGUUUUAUGUCGUAAGAUAUGUUUACAGCAAGCACGAUACUAUGUCAAUACUACUUGUAGUUACCAGUUGCCUUGCGUCUAUUCUGACUCAUGGUGA